AUAUAGUUUCUCAUAAUCAUAUCUCUCAAUUAUAAUUUAUAAUUAACUUUUUCUUUUAAGUAGUAACUUCGCAAUUACGAAUAGUUAUUUUCCGGCUAUGUCCGUUGACGGUCGCCGGAAACCUGAGAGCUCCUCCAUCUCGGCCGUUCUCGGUUUUCCCCGCCACCGCCGCCUCAGGUAACCGUCGAUCUCUCACCACGUAUAUAAUCACUUACAGAAAGCUACUGUAUCACUCUCAAAUGCCGUCGCCGAAGAAGCACCGGAAAUUAGGAAGCAGCAGGAAGGCGAGGUCGCCGCACGAUCUGAGAGGCGCCGCGGAGAUGCCGCCGACGCCGAGGACGGUGCCGGAUUUGUUGACCGGCAGCGGAUCCGCGGAGGCAGCGGCGGCGUCGCCGCCGAAGCUGACGAAGCUUCUUCUCCACGUGACUAUUCAGAGGAGCCUCGGCGCGGUGAGAGUGGUGAUGCCGCCGGAGGCGACGGCGGAGGAUCUGAUCGUCGCGGCGCUCCGGCAGUACGAGAAGGAGGCGCGGCUGCCUCUCAUCCGAUCCAGCGACGCAUCUGGAUUCGACCUCCAUUACUCUCAAUUUAGCUUGGAGAGCUUGGAUAGGGAGGAGAAGUUGGUGUCGUUGGGAUCAAGGAACUUCUUUCUGUUCCCGAAGAAAGCGGCGGAGGCGACCGCCGUGGAAAGCGGCGGUGGCGCGGUGGCGAGAUGCUCAAAUGAGGCGGAUAACAGCAACGAGUUCCCGUGGCUGAGAUUUAUGGAAUUCUCGCUGUAGAUUGCGUCGGAAUUAACUGUGGAAAUGUAUAUAUUUGUGUAAUUAUUAAUUAGAAUAAUAUCUCUAGAUUGACAGAAAAAGUUUGGCUUAUUAUUUCAGCAAAUUCAAUGUGACAGUUAUUUAUGCAACAGUGUCACGAAAUUGAUGUCCA